AUGCGUGUAGUUCCCUUCGACGAGUUCGAGCUAGACCUAGAAGAGCUCAAUUUCCCGGAUGAAGAUGGCGGUGCCGAAAGUAAUGUGCUUCUUUUCGCUAUGGUCUCGAUUUUGGGCGGGUCGAUUUUGCUGGUUGUUAUGAGUAAGUUCCAUUUUUUUGAGUUUACAAAUUUAUAUUUUCCUCAAAAAUUUUUAUCCCAAAAAACCGGAUCUAAAAAAAAUUUUACUAUUUUUUGCCCUUGAGUCACCAUUUUUUCAAAAAUUUUUCAUCUUUUUGUCAUGAAUAACACAAAAAAACUCGAGAUUAUCCGCAGUUCUGGCCUAUUCCUGUAACCAUUGCUCAUUUAUCCGAACUAAACCCUGUCAAGCUUUAGUCAUCGUCCCCGAAAUAUCUCGUUUGGUCUUUGGCUUUGCACGGUGCACGGAUUCCUCGGAAGGGGACUUGAGAAAGGCGGGAAAUCCCUUUAAACGAAUGAUUUUUGAAGCAUUUCCUGGGACACUGAAGGCCAAAGAUUGUGUCUGGAGAAUUAACAACAAUUUUUUGAACUUUUAGGAGGGUGUUUAGGGGAGUAAUGACCAUUAAUUACCUUAUUCUAGACAAAAAAUUAAAAAAACAUCAAAAAUUUAAAAAAAAGUUUUUUUUUCAAUUUUUUCAAAAUGACAAUGCAUUCAAAUUUGUCUUAAAUAUCCUAAAAUUAAAUUCUCUAUCAAACCUUUCCACCAUCACCAUCUCAAAUCUGUAUUUUUUCAGUUAUCGCCAUCUACUUUUGCUAUCGGAGCACUUGCUCGAAGACCGGAUGUUUUGCCGUCCCAUCGACCGAAAUGGAAACCGAAUGUCAGAUCAUUGAGCGGCCAUUGACUCCACGACCCGAAAGCUUCCGACGGAAUUCCGCACAGGCCCAUUACCGGAUUCUGAUUCAGAAGAAAUUCGAAAAGGAAUUUGGAAAGAUGCAAUCGUAUCGAGGCGCCGGCAGAGAGCACCUGCUGGUCGAUGGGGACAUCGGCGAUAUUGUCUAA